AGAAACAGAAUAAAUGAACAUUUCCAUCCAUCCAUUAAUUGUAUGAAGUACUUUUCUGGGUAAGUAUCAGGGCAAAAGCUUUCAAUGUAUUACAAUUUUUUGCUAAAGCAAGAGAUUUCACACAUACGCUUAGUUUUGCAGGGAUCAUCUUUUUAUUGAAUGAUGUGACCUUUGACCUGAUUUGAUGUGUAUCAAAGAAGAUGGUUUGCCCCAGAGAUAUCUGCAGUCAUCCGGUUCUGCCACUGACAGAGAUUUGCUCUGGGCUAUAUGUCUUAAUUCUGUAACCGAUACCUCUACCCAUUCACAGUGUCAGUAUACACCUCAGUGACAAUGGAAUCAUCCAGUGAAUGGAGAGUCUUUUUCCAGCUCCGGGUACCUAACAAUCUUUAAUCAGAGACUUCCUAUGCUGCUAAAUUCACCUCCAUUCACCCAGUGAGACACACCUUCUCUCAACGCAUUGCGUAACUAACACAUCUCUCCGGCUUCUCUGGGUGUCUGCCAGAGAAAUAUGUAAUGCAGGCAACUUUGCCAAACUUUACUUCAUCCCGUUUAGCAAAUGCAUCUGAUAUUGUCACUGGAGAGCAUUAUCAAGUGAAACCAAAUAUUAAUACAACAUAUAAAAUGAAGACGUUAACUGUUCGCAUUUAAUUGACUGCAAAUUAAUGGAAAAAAUGGAAUGGAAAAAAACUCACCACGUCUUUCAGUAUUGCCCAAGCUUCUGCCGCCGUUUCUUGCACGAUUCAAGGAUGUGUUACUCGGAGCCUCUGCAACCGGACACUUUUCAAGACACCCAAAGCACUUUACUGAAGUAUAAUGGGGAACCACUUUAACCACCACCACUGUGCAGCCCCCACCUGGAUGAUGUGACGGCAGUCAUUCUGCGCCAGCACGCUCACCACACGGAAGCGGAGGAUUAUCCUGUACGUUCACUGCUGGACUUAAAGGAAGCAUAAGGUAAGCGAGCUUUACGGAUCGACGUUCCCUGGCAACUACGCGUUUGUUAAGAGGAAUGGACAUGUGCGAAAAGGAACACCGAAAAAUCGAUGUCCUUCGUCGAAACUCUGGAAUUAAGAGGGCCAUCGAUAUCACUCAACUGUAUCUAGCAAAUAAAAAAAUGGUUAUGAUCCCCAAUCUGUCAAAAUUCCGAAUGCUUCGAUACCUGUGGCUGAAUAACAACAUGAUAACAAAGAUUUCCACCCUGUCUACCAGCUGCUGCUUGACCGAACUUUAUCUUCAAAAUAAUAAAAUCACCUCAAUUUCAGGGACCCUCAGUCACCUGAGCUGCCUGCAGGUUCUGCUCCUACACAACAACCAGCUGGAGAGUCUGGAGGAGUCGGUGGCUGAACUGAGGCGAGCUCAGCAGCUCCACACUCUCAGUUUUUUCCUGAACCCCUUCACAGAAAACCCUCAGUAUCGAAACUAUGUGGCUCAUCACUUGCCAUCUGUGCUCAUAUUGGAUAGAAGAGAAGUGAAACGGGAGGAAAAAAUCUCAGCAUUCCAGAUGUUCAGCCCAGGGAGAAACAGAGUCCAGCACUCUGUGGCUUUUGGGCGACGAGCAGAGUUUGUUCCAAUAGCAGGAAAUAGGGAUAGAAGUUCAGAAGUUCAGAGCUCAGAUUCGUCCUGGUAAGGAUGCAACAAACCCCUGACUUACCAAAGGAUGAACUUUGUAGAUGAACCUCUCUACCAGAUCAGUUUCUCAUCUUUUACUGUUGCUGCUAAUUCUAAUUAGUUGCAUUGUUCUCAUUGCAUUUCAUUGCUUAGACCUGCUAAAAUAAGGCAGCAAAUGUUAGUGACGUACAUUGUGUCAUUGCUAGGCAGUCAACUUCAGGUACAAUUUCAGAUAAACCUCUUUCAAGAAGACAGCAUCAGGAAGUAUGGUCCAAGCAGUAAUUUCAGGAAAAAAGAGAUGCAAAUCCCUUUUCAAGACAAUCAAUAGCAAAAUAUUCUAGUUUACAGUACAUCCUCUUACUAUAAUAUAUAUUGUGUACACAACUAAGUACAGUACCUUUCGUGCUCCAAUGCAGAGUACAAACUCAUCUUAAGCAUACACUGCUUUGAAAAGCUAGCACUCUUCAAUAAUUUGUUGUUAACAUGAAUAUUAUUGAUGUUUCUCAUGCAGUCACUGUUGUAUUUGUGUUGAAUUCUUUACAUUUUUGCAACUUCAGUCAAGGAAGUCAUUUUGGAUUAUCAAUGCAAUUGAAAACUCUUUAAUGACCCCGACCUUUGCUCAUUUUCAGAGCCACACUUGGCCAGACUGAAUGCUUCAGUGCAGAGAUCCAAAAAUGCUGUUUCUCUACUGACUGGACCACCAUCCCUUCAGGGCAGUACAGACACAGCACAGCAGGACCAAAAAUAAUCACCAUCAAGUUCAGAUGAUUUGCGUAGGCCAAACACUUUGAGAUUGCCAAGAACCCCAACCUACUUUAGUUCAGGCAUGUCUUACACAAGACAAAAAAUCUGAAGUAAUGAUAAAUGAUUCUCGUUAUUUGAAGGAGUUGCAAACACUACCAAUUAAAUAUUUAAAAUUUAAA